AUGUGGGCCACAAGCAACGCCUCGCAGCCCAUGCCCAACCCCUCGUCUCGCGACCUGAGGAGCAACGGCCGCGUCGAGGUCCACCGCGACCUUGCCGUCGUCGGUCCUGUCACGUUCCAAGCACGGUCCAACGACCAGCUGUACCAGAGCAGCAUCAUGACCAGGGAGCAGCUAAAGGGGCAGAAGACGGCGCACUUCAGGGAGGACAUGAAGCGCAUGGCUGACGAGGACAUAGGCCUCAUCCCCAAGGGCGAUCCCAGGGCCUCUAGGGACGCGUCAUCAGUGGAUUCGUCGACCACGGCGGGUGCUUUAAGUACGUUGAGCGCGUCAGGCACGUCAAGUGCCGCUCACAACGAUUCGACCGCGCCAAACUCUGCCAAGGGCUCACCUUCGUCUGGGGGACCUGGGGUCAGCCAAAAGGUCGUCAGUCUUCUUCCGCCUCUCGACCAGCUAGGGCCGGGCGUGGGUAAAUGA